CUUUUUGUAUGUAUUUCUGCAAAAUCAGUUUUGGGUGCAAAAGAUGUUCAGUUAUUAGUCAAAGGUGCUUCUGUGGAUAUUGGUGAAUUUCCCUAACGUAGCUUUGCCUCUUCCUAUGCGGAGUGGUUGUAUUGCUUACUAUUGGUAUUGAAAAGUUUACUUUUUAGUUAGUUUGCUUUUGAAAAAGAUUGUGCUGAAAUAUUGUGUAAAUUCAACGUGUUGUUACUGGAAAUUGGACAUCUUCAUCUGUUUAACUCAGACGGUCAAUCUGUUUUGGUUGUUAAUAUGGUACUAUCUGUUCUAAAAUCCAAGUCUUUUCUAUAUUAGUCUUGGAAAUUAAUUUUCAUUGCUUGUGUAUUGAUUUCAUUUGCAACUUUGUUUAUGUUGGUCGUGUUGCAAUACUGAUGUAUUUGAAUCUGCUAUUAGAAGUAUCUGUAUCAUAAUCUGUUGGUUCACAUCUGUGAGCACAUGCAUUAUGCUUUGAGCGUCCUUUUCUAUGUCCUUGCAAAUACUGUAUAUGGGUUUGUUGAGCCACAUUUAGUACAAAUUUGUUAUGUUCACUGGAGUUGAGUCACUUCAAAAUCUUUUGCGAGAGCAUUGAAUGACAAAGUAGUUAACCUUGAUGUCAUUGUAGCCUAAUAGUAUUCUUCUGUGCAUGAGAACUGCAACUUGUGAAUUAUGCAUUUCUUUGACGUUUGUUUUCACUGUAUCAAUUCCUUAUUAGCUUACAGUUUGAAAGGAUACCAUGGAGGGCCAAUGUGCAAUCAAGAAAGAUGUCACCGAAUUAAUCGGAAAUACCCCAAUGGUAUACCUGAACAAUGUUGUAGAAGGUUGUGUAGCUCAUAUUGCUGCCAAGCUAGAGAUGAUGGAACCCUGCUCCAGUGUUAAAGACAGGAUUGCAUAUAGUAUGAUCAAGGAUGCGGAGGACAAAGGUCUAAUAACUCCAGGAAAGACUGUUCUCGUUGAGCCCACAAGUGGCAACACUGGCAUUGGAUUAGCAUUCAUAGCAGCAAGCAAGGGUUACAAGCUGAAGCUAGUCAUGCCAUCAUCAUAUAGUCUUGAAAGAAGAAUAGUACUCUUAGCUUUUGGAGCUGAGGUAUACCUCACAGAUGUGAACAAAGGUAUUCAGGGAGUUUUUGAUAAGGUGGAGGAGUUGCUACGUGACACACCUAAUAGUCAUAUGCUUGGGCAAUUUGAAAAUCCUGCCAAUCCAAAGAUUCAUUACGAAACCACUGGCCCGGAGAUAUGGAGAGACUCAGCAGGGAAAGUUGAUAUAUUGGUUUCAGGGAUAGGAACCGGCGGCACAGUAACUGGUAUAGGGAAAUUCCUUAAAGAGAAAAAUCCAGACAUCAAGGUAUACGGUGUAGAACCAGUGGAAAGUGCAGUAUUAAAUGGUGGUCCACCUGGGAUGCAUCUGAUCCAAGGAAUUGGUGCUGGCUUCGUUCCUCAAGUUCUUGAUGUUAGCCUGCUAGAUGAAGUUAUUCCGGUAUCCGGUGAGGAAUCUAUCGAGACUGCUAAGCUACUUGCCUUGAAAGAAGGUCUUUUGGUGGGAAUCUCAUCUGGUGCAGCAGCAGCAGCAGCACUAAAGUUGGCCAAAAAGCAGGAAAAUGCCGGAAAACUAAUAGUUGUUGUGUUCCCCAGUUUUGGAGAGAGGUAUCUGUCUACUGCACUCUUUGAUACCAUUAGGCAUCAGGCAGAAAACAUGACUUUCUGAUAGCAUUGUGAUAUACUGCUUCACACUUUUGGAUCCUUUAGUCAUUGAAAUAAUACACACAGCUCUUGUAAUUUAUGGCAACAUGACCCUAGACCCUUCAAUAACCACUUUGAGAUCCUUGCUAUCUUGGAUCAGGUCUCUUUCUCUUUCUCUUUCUGUUCAUCUUGUAACACAGUUCAAUUCAAGGUUUUAGACCAUCAAUAAAAUUUCCAUCUGUC